AUGCGACUUCGUGAAGUCUUCCGCGCAGCCAAGCUACCUAAAGGAUAUUGCGCCAUUGGCACGAAGCGGGUCUUCAAGAUCAAGCGUAAAGCGGACGGAUCAAUUGACAAGUACAAGGCGCGCCUUGUGGCAAAGGGUUUCAAGCAACAAUUUGGGAUGGACUACACCGAAACAUUCUCGCCCGUCGUCAAGUACGUGACGCUGCGCAUGGUGAUUGCAGUCGCCAAGUGUUUCGGAUGGACUAUCAACCAAGUCGACGUGGUGACGGCAUUCCUGUAUGGUGUCAUGAAGGAACAAGUGUUCUGCGUCAUCCCUGAAGGCGUGGAAUCGGAGGGCUCCUUCGAUUGUCUGGAGUUGGUGAAGGCAAUCUACGGACUCAAGCAAGCGCCGCGCGUAUGGAACGAAACGUUUGACGAGUUCGUGUGUGCUAUUGGAUUUCAAACGUCAAGCCUCGACCCUUGUCUCUACAUAAGGAUCGUGGAAGGGCAAUGCGUGCUGCUGCUGGUGUAUGUGGAUGACGUGUUGAUCACCGGUAGCUCAUGCGAGCUAAUUGCACGCACCAAGACCGACCUGAAGACACGAUUCGAGAUGACUGACAGCGGCAAGUGUGCAUUUGUGCUUGUAAUCGAGCUUUUGGACGGCGAAGAUGGAAGUGUGACACUAUGUCAGCGUCGGUAUGUCGAUGAUAUCCUCAAGCGCUUUGGUAUGGAUGAUUGCAAGGCCGUCGCAAGUCUAGUCGACAUGAGCUCUCGACUUGUUUCAAGUGAUGCAGGCACCAAGGUCGAUGCUCCUUUUCGCGAAGCUGUUGGUGCGUUGAUGCACCUGACCACUGCAACGCGCCCGCAUAUUGCGUUCGCCGUGGAAUAUGUGUCGCGAUUCAAGGAGAACCCCCAAGAAGAACACUGGGUUGCAGUCAAGCGCAUCUUCCGCUACCUACAAGGCACCAAGAUGCACGGAAUCUGCUACAAGCCAAAUACUAAGAUCGACUUUCGUGGCUACUCGGAUGCAGACUGGGCCGGCGACCUCGCCGAUCGCAAGUCGACGUCUGGUUACGUAUUCAUGCUGUUGGGUGCGCCAGUGAGUUGGGGCAGCAAGAAACAGCCAAGUGUUUCGUUGUCCACGAGUGAAGCCGAAUACAUCGCACUCGGCUUGGCGAUUCAAGAGGGCAAUUGGAUUCAUCGUCUGCUUUGUGAGAUCAUGAUGGCUGCCAAUGAAGAAGGACCGGAACUCAUGAUCCAUGAAUACGAUCAGUCGUGUAUCAAGAUGACGAAGAAUCCGGUGAAUCAUGGCCGCGCCAAGCACAUUGAUAUCAAGUACUAUCACAUCCGUGAUGAGGUAAAGCGCGGUGAAGUGCAGCUCGAGUAUUGCGAGACUUCCGUGAUAAUGGCUGACAUCAUGACCAAAGGACUUUGUGGACCUCGUCACAAGGACUUGACGACGGCUCUCGGCAUUCGUGCGAGUUCGGAUCGAGGGGGCGUGUUGACGGUCAUCGGUUUCCUACCAGUAUUGGUAACCGUGACCGGUCCAAUCCGAACCGCCUGUUCAGCUUAG